CGCUUGGCAGCGGUGUCUAGCACGCUAGCUGCCGAUAAGAUACGAGAUAGCAGCCUCGGUUAACUCGCUGUCGCGUGGUUUGACCAAUGCGCAUCGCUACGGGCCGUAGUGACCUGUGCUAGGAUGCCAUCCCACACACUGCACGCAGCAUGGAUGCUCGCAGCCGCCACGGCCCUCUCGGCGCGCGGCAAGCUGCUAGACGCCAGCCGCACGCAGCGACUGCGCAAGACUACGGAUCGCAGUGGUGUUCUCGGGAUGGCCGCGGCGGCGUUAGCCCUCGCGACGGCCGAGGACGACGGCGAGGGCGACGCGCGUGCGCAAAUCGCGGAGCUCGCGGCAGCAGCAGCACAAAACGUCGCGGUCGACGCGAAGCUCGUGGGCCGACGUAUAGCUGACGCGGCGUUCUAUUUCCACCGCGCCGGCGUUUCUGAUGAGGAGCUAUUUCAAAACCUCGCGCGCCGAUUUGUGGAGGAGACCUGGAGCGCGGGCGGCCUCUACGUGUCGGGCGACGAUAUUUAUCCGGACGACUCGCGGGACGCGUGCCUCGACCACGGCGCGGAUGACGGGUGCGGACCAGCACGAAUCGUCCUCAACGCCUACGAGCGCCUUGUUGCUGCUGGUUGCGUGUGUGAAGAAACGACUGCCGCCGCUGCCACGGCCGCCGGGCGCCUGCUGCCCGAAGACGCCCCGCCGCGCCUCGUUUCAUAUAUAGAGCGGCUCGGCCGCGACGACGCGCGACCGCAGCUCUGGCUCUGGCGUGCGGGCUCCGCGUCGACCAUCAAGCUCCACGCCGUCGACGCGAACGGUUCCCUGCACGCAGGCCACGAGAACCGCGGGCGCCAGCGGCGGCGCGACUUCCGGGAGGGCACCGCGCCCGCGAUGCCCCCCGCGCCGCCAUUGCUGAGCGACCUCUUCGCCGAUGACACGAGGCCGCUCCGGCUCGACCUCGGCUGCGGCUUGGGUGCUGCGGCGCGGGGCUGGGCCUCUGAUAGAACGCGAAACGUCCUCGGCGUCGACGCGUCGCGGUCCAUCGUAAAAGCGUGCGCGGCGCGGGCAAAGCGCGACAGUUGCGGAGACAACCUCGCCUACGUCGCGACCGACGCCCGGUCCAUCCUGGCCGCGGCGGCGAAGUACCCGGGCCCGCUCGAGGCCAUAUCAGUGCAGCAUCCCACUCCUCCCAAUACAAGGGGCGCCCUCGACUGGAUCCUCGCACCCGACGUCGCGGAUGCUGCUCGUAGCGCUCUGGCGCCCGGCGGCGUCCUGGCGGUCGAGACGCGGUCCGAGCGCGCCGCGGAGGCCGCGCGCGAGGGUUUGACGAAGGCCGGGUUUUCUCUGGUCUCGGACGCGUGGCCGCUGCCCGACGGAGCGCGGUCGGAGACGGGCGGCGCGUGUGUCGCUCUUGGUUGGGAGGUGGAGCGGCUCGUGUUUCGCGUCCCGUUGGACGAUGGUGCGCCCGUGCCGGAUGCGGUGACGCGGCGCCAAAGCUGUUCAACAGCCAUUGCGGCACUCGCUUGGGUGCCACACUGCGCCUUCGCGUUCGACGUCUCGGUCGGAGCAGCGACCGGCGACGUGCUCUACCCGGCGUCGCUCGUCGGUGAAUGGCGCUGUGAGCGUGUGCUUACAGCUGUUGAAGGGGACCAAACUGCUGCCGAGGGCGCCUGGCGCGCCCUGGGCGGCGGCACGACCCCAUUUGUCGCUGGACGAGCGGAGACGUACGAGACGCGAUUCGUGGCGCCGGCAGCGGCCGCGACGUACAGGUUCGAGGGCCGUGACGUCGCAGGUGUCGUGCUGGACCGCGCCUUUGAGCUCGGAAAACGGCGCGGCGCCGGCGGCAGAGGAGCCGUCAGUUGGGAUCCUCGCGCGCCGAGCAUUCUUCGCGACGGCGACGCGACCCUAACCGUCGUCUCGAGGACCAGCGAGAUAUCAGAAGCGGGCUUCGGCUUCGACGAGUUAGUCCGCGUCGAUGCUGCGGCCGGUGGGCUGAUAGGUGGUGCUGCACGCGUGAGCAGACUCGUUCGCUGCAAGCGGCGCUUCCGCCGGGCAUUUGCGAAGGACGGUCGUCGAGUCGUUGAGGGCCUUGAGAUUGUGAAGACGUACCGAGUUCUAGACGGUGUUGCUGAAGCCGAUCUGCCGACGUCCUCGGCGAAGUCCACGUUGCGCUUCGAACGGCCCCUUCCUGUGUGAUAACUUCUUUAAUUGCUA